GCUGCUUGGCCUGUCUUGGACUGUUUGGGCCUGAUUCUCUCGGCCUGCCUGGCUUUUGAGCAGGUCAGUGCCGUGGGUUGGUCUUUGCAUGCGCCGGCUGUUUGCGACGCUCUCCGUCUUUGCUGGUUGCUUCUGGCUGUUUGCUGUCCGCAGCCCUGGCGCAGGAUGGCAACUUGUGUGGAGGAGGCUUUCCCGUACAUUGCUUUCAUUCCCACAAGCGCCCUCUGGAUCAUCCGCCUGGUCUCUGAUGCCCCAGCUUCCUUGAAUGAUGCGGAUGGCGUGGCCUUCUGGCUUCUGACCACAUUGGGCGUCCUUUGUGGUGCUCUGGAGGGUCGAUCGACUCUCCCGUGCCUCCGGAGCUUCCGGGAACGGGCGGGGAGGCGAUCCGAGGAAUCCUUGGAUGUUGAGUUGUUGGCCGCGUCCUCUGCAGAGUCUGCAGCACCGGCCUCCGCAACAGGAGAUUCGGCGAGCCCCGGGCCCGAUGCUGGACGGAAGAAGGACUCCGUGGUCAAGCUCUUAGAGCUUGUCGGCCACGAAUGGCCUCUGCUGAUACAGGCGUCGUUCUUCCUGGUCAUUGCAGCCAUCGCAGAUGUUCUCAUCCCACACUAUGUCGGGGAGACCAUCAACGAGAUCAUCCGCGCAGAGGAGCGUGGCACUCUCGCUUCCCGACCUUACAAGCAGCCAGUGAUCCUCCUCCUGGUGGUGGCAACAGCUUCCGCCAUCUUUUCGGCGUGUCGCGGUGCGACGUUCAUUAUGAUCGGCGGGCGAGUUGGCCUUCGCCUCCGUUGCCACCUCUUCGACACGCUUCUUCGCCAGGAGAUCGGUUUCUUCGACACUACGCAGACGGGGGAACUGACAUCGCGCAUGACCCAAGACUGUUCACAGGUGGUCGAGCAAGUCUACUUAAACGUCAACGUCUUCCUUAGGACGAUGGUCUCCAUUGUCACCACCUUGGUUUUCAUGUUCGCAAUCACAACUCCAUUGACUCUGGUAGCCUUUGUGUCGGUGCCUGCGGUCGUCAUAAUCUCGAUGAAGUAUGGGAAGAUUAUGAAAGAUUUGAGCACGCGGACGCAGAAAGCACUGGCAGAUGCCAAUGCUGUAGCAGACGAAGGCCUGGCAAACAUGCCCACAAUCCGAAGCUUCGCAGCGGAGAAGUUGGAGAGCAACCGAUUUUUCGUUGCCAUGGAGGGCUUCAGGAGGCUCAUGAACCGCCGUGCAGCCUUCUACCUGGUGUACCUCAGUUCGGCGAUGAUGCUUCCGCAGGCCGUCACGGCUUUGGUGCUCUUCUAUGGUGGCAAGCUAGCAAUGUCUGGGCAGAUGCACGCAGGGAGUCUGCUGUCCUUCGUGUUCUACCUCCAGACUCUGAACUCGAACUUUUCCACCCUGGGUGACUUCUACAGCAACAUGGUGCAGGCAGUUGGAGCUGCUGUGCGCGUCUUCGAGCUUUGUGAGCGGAAGCCCAGGUCGCCCGACAUGGACGGCUGCUGGGACGAAGCCCAGGAGCGAGCUUGGAAGGGGGCUGGGGCUCUACAGCUGCGGGAUCUUCACUUCAGCUACCCAGCCCGGCCAGAUGUGAAGAUCCUGAAUGGCUUGAGCCUUGACGUCCCGGCCAGCACUGUGGUUGCCCUGGUGGGACCUUCAGGCAACGGGAAGAGUACAGUCAUCUCCCUGCUGAAGCGGCUUUACCACGUCGAGGAGGGAAGCAUCACCCUCGAUGGGAUUCCGAUUUGGAACUUCUCUCAUGAGCAUUUCCACCAAGUCGUCUCAAUCGUGGGGCAGGAGCCUGUUCUCUUCGCGCGCACCAUUCGUGAGAAUAUCGUCCUUGGUUUGGAGAAUCCCGAGAAAAUCGGCGGUGAGGACCUGCCUGCAACAGGUGGCGUUUCACUGAGCUUCCGGGAGAUUGAAGAUCUAGCAGCGAAGGCCAAUGCGCACGACUUCAUCAGCAAGAUGCCCAAAGGCUAUGCCACGGAGGUGGGGGAGCGCGGUGUGCAACUCUCUGGAGGUCAAAAGCAACGCAUCGCCAUUGCCCGAUCGCUGGCUCGCCGCCCGAAGGUCCUUUUGCUGGAUGAGGCCACCAGUGCUUUGGAUGCGGAAUCCGAGCUCCAGGUCCAGCGGGCGAUCGAUAGUAUGAUCGCAGAAGGCUCCAUGACGGUGAUCAUCAUCGCCCACCGGCUCAGCACAGUGAAGAACAGCGACAAGAUCUGCGUCAUCAAAGGGGGCCAGGUAGUGGAGGAGGGGAAACAUGAUGAAUUGCUGUCGGCUGGCGGGGCAUACUUCCAGCUUGUCAACGACUACUUGCGCUUGCAGGCGGUGGUGCGAGCUUACACAGACAGGAGCUUCCAAAGAAAAGUUGGUACAGUUAAUGCAGUGACCGCACUCAGCAUGAGCCUGUCGCCCGAGCUGCACAUUGCGCUUCAGCGCAUAGCUGCUUGCAAUAAAAGCGAGCGCUUGGUGAUGGUGGUGCGCGACGACCUGAUCAAGAGUUUGCAAGCCGGACAGACCGCAGUGGCUUAUGCACACGAAGCGUGGAUGCAGCUUGAGCGAUUGGGUGCGGACGUGAUGUCCAUCGGAAGGUUAGUCGGUUUCGUUGACAGGGACAAGUUGCACAAGGCUUUCAAGGACUCCAAGCUCCUGAUGCGUGACAGGGUGGUGUGGCAAGCUAUGGGUCGUUUCCGCACGAUGCUGGAUACGCAAGUCAUCAUGGACUACCUGGCGGUGAUCGUCAACAGCGACAACACACGGCUCAGUCAAUUACGGAAUGCCUACUACAAAGUGCGACGGCGAAUUGGCCACCCUCCCCCCGUCGAAGUUUUGGCGGCCGGUGAUGGGUCCUCCCCCAGGUUGGUGUUCUCCGGUUCGGGUAGUGGAUUCGAGAAGACGUCUCACAGCGCCAUGGAAGCCUUGCCAAGCUCGAACUCCUGGUCGGACGAGUGCGGAUUGCACCCGAGCAGCAUCCAGUGGCUAGCGGCGAUGAAGAUGAUGAUCCGCAACAUUCCCGCUCGCUGCACGGAGCCAGAGUUUCGAAUGUUUCUCAACACCCUCGCCAUCAGCGACUAUGUGCUUGAGAUGCCCAAGACCAGCCUCUCGAAGUGCAAGGGGUACGCCUUCGUACAAAUGCGUGACCCACGCGAUCUGGUUGUUUUGGCGCAAGAGAUCUGGCAGAAGUGCGUCCCCAGCCGCAUGAGUUCAAGGCCCAUGAAGAUCCACCCUGCAGAGCCCACAGGAGGGUACAUGUAA